AUAUUUUGUCUAUGUAAAUAUGUCAAACAUAACCACAAUGUUAUCGAAAUGUCAACGUGACUAAAAUUUCAAAUAUAUAUCAGUGUUUUACGUAUUAAAAUGGGUAUCAGGGGUCUGACAACGUUUAUACAAAACAGAUCUCAUUUAUAUUUAGAAAAUUACGAAUUACACGAUACAAAUCUAGUUUUAGACGGAAAUUCGAUUGCUUGCCAAUUGUAUAAAUGGCAUACAUCGACACACGAUUGUUUUGGAGGCGAUUACGAUAAAUUUUCUAAAACAGUGAACGAAUUUUACGACCUACUGGCACAGUGCAAUAUAACUCCUCACGUUAUUUUCGACGGUGGUUAUGAGAAAAGGAAAGUAAACACAGUUAUUAGUAGAAUGAAAAACAAAAUCAAAUCUUCCAAUCUACUAAACAGCGUCACGGAAACUUCCAUAUCAGUAUUUCCUCUAUUCAUAAGAAACGUUUUCGAGGAUGUUACGAAGGAAAGAAAGGUAAAUAAAGUUCGAUGCGAUUUCGAAGGGGAUACCGAUAUUGCUAAUAUAGCUUCAGCUUUAAACUGUCCCGUUCUCAGUUUCGAUUCGGAUUAUUUCAUUUUUGAUACUUUAUAUAUACCUUUUUCAACUUUCGAUAUGACAAUCAAAAGAGGGAAAACUGCGAAUAAAAACGUCUAUAAAUAUAUUUGUUGUAAGAUUUAUAAAGUUGAGAAUUUUCUUAAAUCGUUUGAGGGUUUACAAAAAACGAGUUUACCAAUACUUGCUGUUCUUUUAGGGAACGAUUAUGUAAAAAGAGGGGUGUUUACAAUGUUUUAUAAGAAUUUAAAAAUCCAAAAAUGCCAUGGGAACCAAAGCGACCAACAAAAAAGGAUAAAAUCGCUAUUAAUUUGGCUUCAAAAUGAAACAAUAGAAAGUGCUUUACAAAAAGUCCUUAGUAGGUACAAAAAAACGAAAAGAACGAUAAUUUUGUAUAAAAUAGAACAGGCGAUAAAAGGAUAUAAUUGUUUCAAUAGUAAAUAUAUGAAGUAUUUAGGGAUUGAUUUGAAUAUAAAAAAUAAGGUUAAAAUAGAAAUUGAUUUAGAUAAAGUUAAUAAUAGCAUUGAAAUUGACGACGAAGACGAAGAAAUUCCAUACGAAGAAGAUUCGUCUUCAGAAGAAGAAAUAUUUAUAACACCAAACGAACCGGAUUUAAAUCUACCAACGGAAUUUUUACAAAAUUUUCGAACUUGUAUUUACCCUCCCUGUUUUAUGGAUAUCCUCGUAUAUAAUCAAUAUUAUUGUAUACCCCAAGUUGAAAAUAACACAUCAAAUCACUCCCAUAACAUUAGUUUCGAUAUAUUAAGCGCAAUAUACAAAAUUCUUACAGGGAAAACCAAUAGUUUGAUAUGUAUCUGUAGAAUAACCGCAGAUCAAGUAGGUAAAGUAAAAAUACCUCCCUGUAAAGUAAAUUUACCGAAAUACGAAGAAAUUAAAACUUUAAAUAAAGAAAAUAAAUACGAAUACUUCGAAAACGUGUUAAAAAUCGAUAAAAAUUAUAAAGAAUGUUUAAAUAAUUUUCCGGAAUCGUGGCAUUUAUUAUUAAUAACGAUUAAUUAUUAUUUAAAUAAAUCUAAUACUAAUUGGUGUAUUGUAUAUUCUAUAAUAUUAUCGAAGUUAAUUGUGAGUCACGUCGAUGAAAAAAUUGGGUUUUUUUAUCGAUCUAGUAAAAUUUUUUUAAAAAAACACUCGCAGUCUCACAUAACCUCAAAAUUAACUAAUCAUAAACCCGAUAACGUUAAAUCCGCUUUGGAAUAUAUCAACAAAGAUGAUUGCGUUAAUUGUUUAAAAAAAUUGAUUUAUUACUUCGAGAUGGAUGAUAAAAUGAUUAGAAAUCAUAAGAUUUUCGAUAGGGCGUUAGUACAUUCAAUUUCCGAAUUCCAAAGUUGCUUACUACACGUAGAUUAUCUGAAUACGUUGUUAGGUUUUCCGUUACGAAGUAUUUCUAUAGCGGAGUGUAUUAAUUGUACGUUUGUUUAUAAUUUUACGAAAAAUUUGAACAAGAGGAGUAAUUUGGAUAAGUACGUCGAAUUAUUACUCAAAGACUCCCCGAGUAUUUUAGAUAGUUUUCGUUUAAUUAUUAAUAAAGUGAAGGAAUUUACGAUAACGGAAGUGGCUAUGCAACCAAUGGGUAGAAAGAGAAGAAAAAAGAAAACUGUCAAGGAAAUAUGCGAGGAAAUCGAACAUUUAGAUAUUGAAUCUGAUAACGAAGUCGAACUUGAUCCUAAUAAUAAAUUUACGUUGUUAAGAAUUUGUUGAAAUAAAUUUACAUUUUUCUACAA